AUGGCUACUCUAAGUAGUGCUCAGGCGAUGCUUCCAACAUCCAUCUCUGGGGCGGCCUUGGUGGCAUUGUGCAUCUGGAUCAUCUAUCGGAUUUCUCGAAUCGGGGCACGAGACAAAAGACUGCCGCCAGGCCCACCCACUGUUCCUAUCCUUGGAAAUCUACACCUGGUUCCGCGGACUGGCAUGGGACUCAAGCUGAAGGAAUGGGGAGAAACCUAUGGCGGGGUCUAUUCUCUCAAAUUCGGCAGCGGUACCGUGAUAGUACUGUUCGAUCGAAAGGCAGUCCAUCAUCUCCUGGACAAGAAGGGAGUCUUGUACUCUGAGCGACCACAGAGCUAUGUCCCGUCACUCGUUACGGGCGGGGAUAGCUUUGCAUUCAUGAAUAGCACCCCUCUGUGGAGAGCAGAACGGAAAGUGGCUGUUCACAACUUGUCGCCCAAGAUGCUCGAGGAGAAAGUCAGCCAUAUCCAAGAUGCAGAGUCUGUUGUGCUCCUUGCCAACAUGCUCGAUCGUCCAGAAGAGUAUUACACUCACAUCAAGCGCACAACGUCUUCGGUUGCCAGCGCAGUGGUUUGGGGACAUCGUGGUCCUACGAUGGACAAUUUCUGGGCCCGAGCCGUGUACGACGCAAUGGACAACUACUCGGCGUCACUGGAGCCUGGGGCUAAUCCGCCGGUCGACGAGUUCCCAUUCCUGAAAUACAUACCUGAGAGAUUCGCCAAGUGGAAGAGACGCGCCCUCGGGUCUUAUAAAUGUAUGGACGACACUUGGGCAGAGGCCCGACGGAGGGUCAACAUGCGGCGAGAAAAGGGCAUCAAGAGAGACUCGGUCAUCGACUCGAUCCUGGACGGCGACAAACAUAGCGACUUGGAUGUCACCGACAAGCAACUCAACCACUUUUUGGGAGUCAUUGUCGAGGGAGGAGCCGACACGACAGCGUCGGCGACCCUGACCUCGCUAAUGUAUCUGGCCCUUUACCCGGAGUUCCAGGAGAAAGCCCGCAAACAGCUGGACGCCGUAUGCGGAACGACCAGACUUCCGUCGAUCAAUGAUUUUGAAGCUAUCCCUUACAUCAAUUGCCUGAUCAAAGAAGCGUUGAGGAUACAUCCCGUUCUUCCACUCGGCGUACCACACCGGGUGAACCAAGACGACUGGUUCGAGGGGAUGCUGAUCCCGAAAGAUUCCACCGUCAUCCUCCCCACGUGGGCAUUACACUUGAGUGAGCGUCAGGGUUACAAAGACCCGGAAAAGUACAACCCCGACAGAUUCCUAGAAUAUCCUCGCAUGGCAGACAGCUACGCGGGGAGCCCGGACUGGCAGCGCCGUGAUCACUACGCUUACGGAGCCGGUCGACGCAUCUGUCCAGGCAUCCACCUGGCCGAGCGGACGCAGUGGCGCCUGAACGCGAGGCUUCUAUGGGCCUUUGAGAUCCAUCGCAAGAUAUAUCCGCACACGGGGAAGCCCAUGCCCAUCGACGUCAACAAUUACCACGAGGGCAUCUCUCACACGCCCGCCGAAUUUCCCGUCGUGUUCAAACCGAGAAGUCAGGCGCAUAUUGAUCUGAUCAGACAGGAAAUGGCCCGUGCCGCGAACUUCUUGAAAGCAUGGGAUGAUUGA